AUGUCAUCUAAGCAGCAUCUUAUUUCUACAGUUCCUGAGGGUUCUGGCUCAUGGCUUCCUCAAGAACAGUCUUUUGAUACAUUGCUUGUUCAUGCCGGUUCGAAGCCUGAUUCUGUCACUGGCGCGAUUCUUACCCCUAUUUACCAAAGUACCACAUUUGUUCAGGAGUCUAUUGAGAAAUACUGUGAUCGCGGCUUCAGUUACACUCGUACAUCUAACCCGACUAUUAGUGUACUUGAGGAGCGUCUUUGCGCCUUGGAUAAUGCAAAUUACUGCACGGUUUUCUCCACCGGCAUGGCGGCGACCACUACUGCUAUUUCUUCUUUUAUGAACGCCGGUGACCACUGCGUCGUGACGAACUGCAGCUACGGCGGCACCAACCGCUGCUGCAGGCUCUUUUUCACUCGUUUUGGGAUGGACUUUACUUUUGUCGACAUGCGCGAUCUCAAGAAUGUUGAGGACGCCAUUCGGCCGAACACAAAGUUGGUGAUCAGUGAGACUCCUGCGAACCCGACGUUGACUCUGAUCGACAUUGCGGCGCUGUCGAAGCUGUGCAAGGCGAAGAACCUCAUCCACAUGUGCGAUAGCACCUUUGCCACGCCCCUUAUCACCCGCCCGCUCGAGUUGGGCGCGGAUGUCGUCUUUGUGAGCACGACGAAGUAUGUGGACGGUCAUGACAUGACGCUUGGUGGAGCCUUGCUCAUGAACAGUCAGGACCUGGUGGAGAAGGUGCGUCUGUCGCGUAACAUCCUGGGCAACGCGAUGACCCCGUAUGUGGCGUUUUUACAACUUCAGACCCUCAAGACCCUCUCCUUACGUGUGACAAAGCAGUCCUUGAAUGCGCAGAAGAUCGCGGAGUUCCUGCUUACCCACCCGAUUGUGGAGCGGGUGAUGUACCCGGGGCUGCCGAACUUCCCUCAGCGGGAGCUGGCGAUGCGGCAGCACCUCAACGAUCUUCACGGCGGGAUGCUGUGGUUUGAGGUGAAGGGCGGCAGCGAGACUGGGCGGAAGUUGAUGAACAAAGUCCCGCGGCCUUGGUCUCUUUGCGAGAACCUCGGGGCGACGGAGAGCAUCAUCACCUGUCCCUCCGUCAUGACGCACGCAAACAUGACGUCGGAGGAUCGUCUGAAAGUGGGUAUCACGGACGGCUUCGUGCGCGUCAGCUGCGGGAUUGAGGACUCUGACGAUCUGAUCGCCGCUCUCAAGUUUGCGCUUGAUUUCCUUACUUCUUAG